CUACGGAUUGUCUAACCCCCCAAUAAUAAGCAAUCUAUUCUCCGCAUCGUAGAAAUUAACUCACUUUGCGUGUAACUGCAUCUUCAGUUUUCAAACAGAAUAGCCUAAUGCAGAAAUGUUCAUUAGAUAGAUCUUGGUUCACUGUUAUGCCACGUAGUGAAAUUUUGUGUAACCUGGUUGACUUCUAAUUAAGUGAUAUUUAAGGCCAUCUGAAGUAGGUGCUUCCGGCUUCCGCACCAAGAGAGUGUACUGUGCCUGCAACAAUAUUAUGCAGCAAGAUUACCUGAAGCAUUGUAGAGUGUGCCUAUUUCUAAUUGUAAAGAUUUUUCAAAAAACAAUAUGUUGAAAUUCAUUGUCUUUUUAGUGCUACUAAUAGAAGUAUAUAAGACUAAAAUGACGGCUGUGGAAGCCCGUAGCAAUACACUGGGAGUGGCCGGCAUACCGAUUAACCUUUCGUCAGGAGAUCCUAGAAUAAUCCAGUCGAACGAUAGGCAUCCGCAGGGGACGUUCCGCCGUCAGAGUUCAGUAACUUCUAUGGCACUUUUUUCGUCGCAUCCAACAGAUUCUUCGCAACUGUUUGUGCAGAUGGCCCCUACAGUGUAUUCUGGCAACCACGUUGUACCUGCUCACAUCGUCGGAGCGUACGAGAAGGAACUAAAACCACAAGUGAUAACUCUGCCUCCGAGAUCGUUGGAUGCUUUAGGGAAUAUAGUAGCCGAUAACGUUAAGGAUAAUAUAAGCUUUGAGAGGUCUCUAGUAAUGACACCAAAACUUGAGGCUACGCCACAGUUUGAGGCACAAUUUCAUGGCGUUCAAGAGCUUCCAAGGACAAUUGAGCUUAAUGCUCCACUGGACUUCAGCUCGCAACAGCUUCGUAAGCCCGACGACUACAGGGGCACCGCGCAAGUAGUGGACCCCGAGAUUUCGGAAGUUCACAGAAAGUCAGCCAUACAACAUGCUGGAGAAGGAGAUGAUGGAGAGGUCUUGGAAGACCAUGGUCCACAUGGAAUGCCGUAUAGAAAUCUUCAAGAUUCGAAAGAGCAGCAAGACCAGCAACAAUAUCGGAAGCUGGACACGUAUAGGACAUCAAGGAAAGUACCAAAAGCGAGCGCUCAAAAUAGUAAUGAACGCGAUGAUCAAAAUUUGGAGAGACAUAUGGUGCGUGAUCGCUAUAUAUCAGAGGAAGACGAUUAUGAAGAUAGACUCCUGCAAGAAAAGUCUGACCAACGGUUAUACGAUAAGAAACAUGCAAGAGUACGUACCCGCGAGAAGGACGGAACGAAAAGCGAACGAUCUAGUGGACUGACGUUUGGUACAGGACAAGGGUUGGUCAAUAUUCAAAUUGGGGGAAGGCAGAACAAGAACUACAGAAAUUUGUACUUUAAAAAUCAAAGGAAACCCGACGAGCCAAUGUUAACUUCUAGUGAAGACGAAACGGAUACUGAGACAGAUGAAACUGGAGAUGAUCCACGUCAUCAAAGCCGACGAUCUCUAUUAAGAAUGCCAUUUAAAGUCUUGCGCGGAGUUACGUUGGGGCGUGGAGAUGAUGGUACCCUUGCCUUCAACGUUAAUCUUGGGUAAAAUGAAAGAUUUUUUCUGCUAGCAGGUGAAAUCCUAAUAGUAAAACAAUAAUACAGGAAAAUGGAAGUCAGAAAUAGGCCUCACGUGUACCUCCGGAAAGAUACCCAAACCAAUUCGAUCACCAAUGAUAGGCUACGUGUGUCUGCGUUAUUCGAGAGUAUAACAAUCAAAAGGAAACAAGACGGAGAGUGGUAAGGAUGGACAUUUGGCAGUGAUUUUUUGUACUUGCUAUUCAAGAGUGUGGAGCACAUACAUAGUUGGGUGAUGUGGUGGUAAAGUUUAAAUUAGGAGGUACUGCUGUGCGCGAUAGGCCAGGGUAAUGUGAUGACCUAUAACUCAUUUGAUCCAUUUUUUUUGACUUGCGCGUACAAUACAACUUUUGCAUAACUGAGAGCUUUUAAUCCUGGUGAAUUCCAUGGUUCCAGGUACUUAUAAAAUUAUCUAGGAACAUGAUAAAAAUAUUCAGAAUGCCUCAGAUACGGCCAUUACACAUCGAAACCGUACAUAAUCAACUAAAAUAAAGAUAUAAAAUAAACCUAGGAAGUUCCAAAUGUAUUAAUUCCUGCACCGUUAUCCAGCAGUGAUUCGAUUAUGAUAUCUCUAUCUUUUGAGAGAGAGAGAGUGAGAGAGAAAGCGGUAAGUAAUGCAAUAGUUUUUGGGGCGUUUGCGAAUCGUAGAUUUUUUUAAUGUUUGGUUACUUUUUUUACGUGAGCAAGCCCAAUAUCGUAUUAAGGGUUUCUUCCAGUAGUUUCGUCGGGAUAAGUCUUUUACAGACUUAUGAAACGACAUGGUGAGUAUAUGCUAAGGUAAACAUUUUCAAAAGCAGAAAUAUAAAUCAGCGAUAGCCAUAUGUUUAUGAUUACCAUGGCACUACACCGGAAAAGAUGCACAUAAACCAGCCAGACUGUGCAACGUAAUUGUCGCGUUAUUUAUGCGGGUGACGUAGUACAUGACAAACAGUACACGACAUAUGUUUAUUUGUUUGGCGCCUUCCUUACCUAUGGCCAAUAAGCAGAUAUAAUGAAUGACAUGAUAUAAGAACCUUGGUCUCAAAAAUAAUAGACAAAUGUGGACAAAUAUAAACGUAUGAGCAAUCAAAAUCAGCAGAACAGGUGUAAUUAACAAAAGGCGAAUUCUGUAAACAAAAUUCUGCCUUUUGCUAACUAGUAGAAGGCAAAACCGGUUUUUCCAUAAAAAUACCUCUGCAGUUGAUUAUAUCGAUCUGAAUUAGCUAUUGGGAGCAUAGUCUUUGGACGUCCGAUGGGAAACCUGUCUAGGUUACAAUGCG